GGCAUCUGGGUGGCUUCUAUUCCUCUGUUACCGUAAAAGCGGAGACAUAGAGGUCAGCCAGGGCAAUCCGUUUCCAUAUAUACCCUCUGUUGACAAAAUAUAUUACAUAUAUAUAUAUAUAAAAUUGCAGGGACAAAAACUAUGCUGCUAAUGGGGUCAGGAAGACAUUCAUUGCCUUGGAAUUCACGGUGCUUGACGACAAGACUGCAAACGGAGACUCAUUCUUCCAAACCCGAGAACCCAAUUGAACUAUAACUUCGACCUUCUUCAUCUUCGUCUGCUCUACUACUAACUCUCCCUCUGUUAAUCAGAGGUCAGUCGUUCCUCUUGAAUGGAAGUUCGCUCUGUUGUGCUCCAUACAAGUUCAGGUUUUAGUGUUUCAGCAAGUUAUUCACCAAUUGUAAUACGUCUAGAGAUUUUCUGAAGAAUCUAAGUGCCAGUUAGGGAAGAGAUUAUGUUCUGUUCGUCACUGUUCUCCCUUGUGUCCCUGCAAUACUGAAGAUUCAAAUACAUGAAUUAAGAAGGCUGAAUGGCAAAAUCGAUCAAGAACAAGAAUGUAAACUUAUUAAGACUGGUAGAAGAGGGAGCAUCGAGCAAGAAGACACAGGAAGAGAAAAGAAAGCAACAAGAGAUCCUAGUUCCUUAUCUUCCUAAAGAUUGUAUAACAAACAUCCUUAUACGGCUUCCUCUUGAGUCUCUCCAAAGGGCAAGGUUUGUAUGUAAGCCUUGGUAUAAUAUCAUUAAUAAUGCCAAAUUCAUAGAUUCCCAUCUUUGUCGAUCCGAAACUGUUUUAAUCUUUCUAAUCGAGAGACGAAGUUCAUUCUCUUCUUCUAUGUCAUCAAGUCCUCCCGAGAAGCCAAAUAGCAUUUCAGUUGAAAACAAACUUCUUCAGUCAAAACCUCUACCAUUUUUUGAGCAACGUUAUCCUGCUUCAAGUUUUUCUGUCCAGUUCCGAGAAUUUAAUGGUGAAAAUAGUGAGAUAGGAGAGUACAAUUUAAGGUGCAUGGGAAAUAUCAGAGCUACCUGCAAUGGUCUAAUUUUGCUCGAUAACAAAAUGAAGAAAGGAGGACUAAUAGUCAUGAAUCCAGUGACUAGGAAGAUGAGUACUCUUCCACCAGGUACUCUGUUUCCUCCCCAUAUGGAAUCUUAUGCUUUUGCAUUAAGUAAUGUUACAGGUGAAUAUAAAGUAGUGCACUUAUUUCGGGAUAACUUGGGGCAUGUCAGUUGUGAGAUCCUGAAUCUUGGAAUGAAAUUUUGGAGAGAGAUCAAUGGUCCUUCAUUUGGACUUUUUGGUUGGUUUGGAUAUAGCCCUGUUUCAGCAAUUGGAGCUCUGCAUUGGAUUCCUCAGAUUGACCAUAGCGAUUACAUCAUUUCUAUGGAAGUAGACAUGGAAAAGUUUCACCAAGUUCCACUCCCGAAAUGUUGCAGAACUUAUGACCGGAUUGUUGAGCUGGGUGGCUGCUUGAGUUUCAUCACUCAUCAUGAGGAAGUCAGUCAAAUAGACAUUUGGAUCUUGAAAAGUUUAUUCGGGGAAGUCUGGACAUUGCAGCAUAGUAUAACUGUGGGUACCAUAUUGGACAUGGUUCCUCUUUGUAGCUUAAGAAUCAAGGGAGAUGUGGUAUUUAUGAGAGAUGAAGAUCGCUCUUUCUACAUUUAUGAUUUUGAACUCCAAGAGAUGAAAAAAGUUGAGUUGGUGAAAGGAGAUGUUCCAUUAUCUGCUUCAUAUCUGCCUCAUAUCAACAGCCUUGUCUCAUGGUGUAGCAGCGACGGAGCUCAAUACAUGGAAGAUUGAUUUGUACUCUCUUUGGUAUUUGAUUUGCCAUAUAUAGAUGCGUGUAUAUUUUCUGUCGUUUUGUAAUUGGAACCUCUAACAUUGUUGAUAGCUGGCUUCCAUUGCGAGAUAGACGUGAAUAUAACGGAAUCCAGAUAAUGAAAAUGCCUAAAAAUUAAGCAUUUUUUGCUGACAAAAUGGCUCUCCAAAUUUCAUUGUCCUCCUAUUAAGUUUCCUAAAUGGGGGGUUCAUCUUUUCCUUUCCUGAA